CGCUGGUGCCCGUGUCGGGUGGCUGGCCGGGCGCGGGCCUCGCCCGUCAGCCGCCUCUGCAGGGCUAGCCCGGCCGCGCGGCGCCCCGAGGGGGCCGGGCCGUCCGGUGGGGCCGCGGGCCUGUUCGGAGCUGCGAGCUCGCCCUCUCGCGGCUCCCCGGCCCGGCCGCCGCCGCCCCUCUCCCCGCCCAGAGGCGCCCCGGGGCCACCAUGCAGGCGCAGCAGCUGCCGUACGAGUUCUUCAGCGAGGAGAACGCACCCAAGUGGCGGGGGCUGCUGGUGCCGGCGCUGAAGAAGGUCCAGGGGCAAGUUCAUCCGACUCUUGAGUCUAGUGACGAUGCUCUUCAAUAUGUUGAAGAAUUAAUUUUGCAGUUAUUAAAUAUGCUAUGCCAAGCUCAGCCUCGAAGUGCUUCAGAUGUAGAGGAACGUGUUCAAAAAAGUUUCCCUCAUCCAAUUGAUAAGUGGGCAAUAGCUGAUGCCCAAUCGGCUAUUGAAAAGAGGAAGCGAAGAAACCCUUUAUCUCUCCCAGUAGAAAAAAUUCAUCCUUUAUUAAAGGAGGUCCUAGGUUAUAAAAUUGACCACCAAGUUUCUGUUUACAUAGUAGCAGUAUUAGAAUACAUUUCUGCAGACAUUUUAAAGCUGGUGGGGAAUUAUGUACGGAAUAUACGGCAUUAUGAAAUUACAAAACAAGAUAUUAAAGUGGCAAUGUGUGCUGAUAAGGUAUUAAUGGACAUGUUUCAUCAAGAUGUAGAAGAUAUAAAUAUACUAUCUUUAACUGAUGAAGAGCCUUCCACCUCAGGAGAGCAAACUUAUUAUGAUUUGGUAAAAGCAUUUAUGGCAGAAAUUCGACAGUACAUAAGGGAACUAAAUUUAAUUAUAAAAGUUUUUAGAGAGCCCUUUGUCUCCAAUUCAAAAUUGUUUUCAGCUAAUGAUGUAGAAAAUAUAUUUAGUCGUAUAGUAGAUAUACAUGAACUUAGUGUAAAGUUACUGGGCCAUAUAGAAGAUACUGUGGAAAUGACUGAUGAAGGGAGCCCCCAUCCCUUAGUAGGAAGCUGCUUUGAAGACUUAGCAGAGGAACUGGCAUUUGAUCCAUAUGAAUCAUAUGCUCGAGAUAUUUUACGGCCUGGUUUUCAUGAUCGUUUCCUUAGUCAGUUAUCAAAGCCUGGAGCAGCACUCUAUUUACAGUCAAUAGGCGAAGGUUUCAAAGAAGCUGUUCAGUAUGUUUUACCCAGGCUACUUCUAGCCCCUGUUUACCACUGUCUACAUUACUUUGAACUUUUGAAGCAGUUAGAAGAAAAGAGUGAAGAUCAAGAGGACAAGGAGUGUUUGAAACAAGCAAUAACAGCUUUGCUUAAUGUUCAGAGUGGUAUGGAAAAAAUAUGUUCUAAAAGUCUUGCAAAACGAAGACUGAGUGAAUCUGCAUGUCGGUUUUAUAGUCAGCAAAUGAAGGGGAAACAACUAGCAAUCAAGAAAAUGAACGAGAUUCAAAAGAAUAUUGAUGGUUGGGAGGGAAAAGACAUUGGACAAUGUUGCAAUGAAUUUAUAAUGGAAGGAACUCUUACACGUGUAGGAGCCAAACAUGAGAGACACAUAUUUCUCUUUGAUGGCUUAAUGAUUUGCUGUAAAUCAAAUCAUGGGCAGCCAAGACUUCCUGGUGCUAGCAAUGCAGAAUAUCGUCUUAAAGAAAAGUUUUUCAUGAGAAAGGUACAAAUUAAUGACAAAGAUGACACCAGUGAGUACAAGCAUGCUUUUGAAAUAAUUUUAAAAGAUGAAAAUAGUGUUAUAUUUUCUGCCAAGUCAGCUGAAGAGAAAAACAAUUGGAUGGCAGCAUUGAUAUCUUUACAGUACCGGAGUACACUGGAAAGGAUGCUUGAUGUGACGAUGCUACAGGAAGAGAAGGAGGAGCAGAUGAGGCUCCCUAGUGCCGAUGUUUAUAGAUUUGCAGAGCCUGACUCUGAAGAGAAUAUAAUAUUUGAAGAAAACAUGCAGCCCAAGGCUGGAAUUCCAAUUAUCAAAGCAGGAACUGUUAUUAAACUUAUAGAGAGGCUCACGUACCAUAUGUAUGCAGAUCCCAAUUUUGUUCGGACAUUUCUUACAACAUACAGAUCCUUUUGUAAACCUCAAGAACUACUGAGUCUUAUAAUAGAAAGGUUUGAAAUUCCAGAGCCUGAGCCAACAGAAGCUGAUCGCAUAGCUAUAGAGAAUGGAGAUCAGCCCUUGAGUGCAGAACUAAAAAGGUUUAGAAAAGAAUACAUACAGCCUGUACAACUGCGAGUAUUAAAUGUAUGUCGGCAUUGGGUAGAGCACCACUUCUAUGAUUUUGAAAGAGAUGCAGAUCUUUUGCAGCGAAUGGAAGAAUUUAUUGGAACAGUGAGAGGUAAAGCAAUGAAAAAAUGGGUUGAAUCCAUCACUAAAAUAAUCCAAAGGAAAAAAAUUGCAAGAGACAAUGGACCAGGUCAUAAUAUUACAUUUCAGAGUUCACCUCCCACAGUCGAGUGGCAUAUAAGCAGGCCUGGGCACAUAGAGACUUUUGACCUGCUCACCUUACACCCAAUAGAAAUUGCUCGACAACUCACUUUACUUGAAUCAGAUCUGUAUCGAGCUGUACAGCCAUCAGAAUUAGUUGGAAGUGUGUGGACAAAAGAAGACAAAGAAAUUAAUUCUCCUAAUCUUCUAAAAAUGAUCCGGCACACCACUAAUCUCACUCUGUGGUUUGAGAAAUGUAUUGUAGAAACUGAAAACUUAGAAGAAAGAGUAGCUGUGGUGAGUCGAAUAAUUGAGAUUCUACAAGUCUUUCAAGAGCUGAACAACUUCAAUGGUGUUCUUGAGGUUGUCAGUGCUAUGAACUCAUCACCUGUUUACAGACUAGACCACACAUUUGAGCAAAUACCAAGUCGCCAAAAGAAAAUUUUAGAAGAAGCUCAUGAAUUAAGUGAAGAUCACUAUAAGAAAUAUUUGGCAAAACUCAGGUCUAUUAAUCCACCAUGUGUGCCUUUCUUUGGAAUUUAUCUAACUAAUAUCUUAAAAACAGAAGAAGGCAACCCUGAGGUCCUAAAAAGGCAUGGAAAAGAGCUUAUAAACUUUAGCAAAAGGAGGAAAGUAGCAGAAAUAACAGGAGAGAUCCAGCAGUACCAAAAUCAGCCUUAUUGUUUACGAGUAGAAUCAGAUAUCAAAAGGUUUUUUGAAAAUUUGAAUCCAAUGGGAAAUAGCAUGGAAAAAGAAUUUACAGAUUAUCUUUUCAACAAAUCCCUAGAGAUAGAACCACGAAACCCUAAGCCUCUGCCAAGAUUUCCAAAAAAAUAUAGCUAUCCCCUAAAAUCUCCUGGUGUUCGUCCAUCAAACCCAAGACCAGGUACCAUGAGACAUCCUACACCUCUGCAGCAGGAGCCAAGGAAAAUUAGUUAUAGUAGAAUCCCUGAAAGUGAAACAGAAAGUACAGCAUCUGCACCAAAUUCUCCAAGAACACCGUUAACACCUCCUCCUGCUUCUGGUGCUUCUAGUACCACAGAUGUUUGCAGCGUUUUUGAUUCCGACCAUUCGAGCCCUUUUCACUCAAGCAGCGAUACCGUCUUUAUCCAAGUUUCACUGCCCCAUGGCCCAAGAUCUGCUUCAGUAUCAUCUAUAAGUUUAACCAAGGGCACUGAUGAAGUACCUGUCCCCCCUCCUGUUCCUCCACGAAGAAGGCCGGAAUCUGCCCCCGCCGAAUCUUCGCCGUCUAAGAUUAUGUCUAAGCAUUUGGACAGCCCCCCAGCAAUUCCUCCUAGGCAGCCCACAUCAAAAGCCUAUUCACCGCGAUAUUCAAUAUCAGACCGGACCUCUAUAUCAGACCCUCCUGAGAGCCCUCCCUUAUUACCACCACGAGAACCUGUGAGGACACCUGAUGUUUUCUCCAGCUCACCACUACAUCUCCAGCCUCCCCCUCUGGGCAAAAAAAGUGAUCAUGGCAAUGCCUUCUUCCCAAACAGCCCUUCCCCUUUUACACCACCUCCUCCUCAAACACCUUCUCCCCAUGGCACGAGAAGGCAUCUGCCAUCACCACCAUUGACACAAGAAGCGGACCUUCCUUCAGUCACUGGGCCGCCUGUUCCUCCACGACAAAGCACUUCCCAACAUAUCCCUAAACUCCCUCCGAAAACUUAUAAAAGGGAGCACACACACCCAUCUGUGCACAGAGAUGGACCACCCCUGUUGGAGAAUGCCCAUUCUUCCUGAGUUUCUCUGUUCUGGGAUGGACGUUUCCUAGCCCCAGCUCCAUGGCUGGCAAUAGAGGGCACUGAAUGUGCCAGCACUGAGGAGUUAAAAUGACAACUCCAAACACUAACGCCUCUCCUUCGGGAUGCAGUAUGAGACAAUGAACUUGAACCUAGACGUAAUUAGAACAUGAAAAUGGUAUUCGUUCAGAAUAUGGAAAGACUGAUGUAGAGGAAUUGGACAACUGAUUUCACCUGAAAAUCAAGUGAAGGGACUGUUUCUAGCCGAUAGGCAGGAGUCCUCUUUUUGUGAAGUGAUCUUUAUCAUUAAAGGGAUGGAAAACACAGUCUAGUGUCCAGCAGGCCCACAUGAUGACAGUUUUUGUAAUUCAAAAUAUGCACUUUUUAAAAAGAAAUCUUAAACAGGGAUCUUCAUAUCUCCUUUGUUUUCCUUUGCUUUUACUCAUCCUACUUUAGAAUAUUUUCUUAAAAAUCAUUCAAAGGACUGUGAGGAGUGGCUGUGCUACCUGACCUUGUUGGCGUCAAGGCCCAGCACUGUGCCACAGUCCUGUUUACAGAUUAUUACAGUGAAGUGAAUGGGUACCAAGGCUUCACCAAAGAGGUACUUUGUCUUCCUUCCUUCCUUCCUUCCUUCCUUCCUUCCUUCCUUCCUUCCUUCCUUCCUUCCUUCCUUCCCUCCUUCCUUCCUUCCUUCCUUUCUUUUCUUUUUUUCUUUUCUUUCUUUCCUUCCUUUCUUUCCUUCUCUUUUCUUUCUUUCUUUCUUUCCUUCCUUUCUUUCCUUUUCUUUUUCUUCUUUCUUUUCUUUCCUUUCUUUCUCUUUCUUUCUCUCUUCCUCUCUCUCUCUUUUUUUAGGAGUAAUUAUACUAAUUUUAAGAGCAUUCCCCCACCCUCCCUACACAAACAAAACAUGGUGGUGUUGCCUUCAAACCAGAUAAGUUUUGUGUCAUUAACAUGACAGAAGAACUUUUUUUAAAAUGUAACUGUCAUGUAUACGAUUUACAUUUAGGAGACUGUUAAUCUAUGCUAGAUUGUUAUUUUCCCCCCUUCUCCCACAAAAGUUUACUGGUAAUCCAUGUCAUGGCUCAUAGCUGUCCCUCUAACCAUACUCUGGAAAUGUAGUCACCCAGUGUGAAAAGAACCACUUGCUGGGCAUCACUGACACCAUUCAUGUUUUACUGAUAGUUGAGUAAUCAGCAUAUCUAGAAUUACCUUGCAUUGCUGAAAUCAUGUGUAUAUAGUGAAUGUUAUAUAAUAAACCUGGCAGGUCUGUUUUAAUUUAAUUGAAUAAAGAUACAAAUACUUUGUUUGACUGGCAUAUAUUAAAUUAUUAUAUGGAGAAAAUGGUUGAUUCUUAUUUCUUUCAGUUGAAACACACACACACACAUCACAUGCAAACACUAAGCAUAAAAGCACGUAUUGCGGUACGCCGUGGUUUCUAGUUCUGGAUGUAUGUAUUUCAUCUUAAAGAAUGAUCUAAAGUUACAGUUUGGCAUGUAGGAAAAAAUUUGGUUAGAAUAGAAUGGGUAUCUUUUAAGCAGAACUUUGUUUUUUAAUUUCCUAGGCAACAUGUAUACAGAUUGUUAUAUUAAACAUUCUACCUUGCUUGAGGUCUGCUCUAUUCAUAAUAGAACAUCUACCUACAUCGUUAGUAUCAUAUUAUGGAUUAUUCAUUAAGCAUAUGUACUAAUCUGAGUCUAACCAAUACUGUGACUGAAAUGCAUGCAAUUUGUCGAAGAGAAAACGUUUUAUUAAUCUCUACUACAAUGUCUGUGAAUUGUGCAGUGUUCCAUCAUUAGAGAGUCAUCAGUGUCUGCAUGUGUCUUCAGAAUAAUGAAGCAACAUCUCAGCAAUUCUGUUAACCAUGCCAUUAGAGACAUUUUUAGAAGUGCUGCAUCAUGGUGGAAACCUAAUACUUUAAUAAUUUCCUGUGAUCUUUAUUAGAGCAUUAAAUGUACUUCACCAGUAUUACAGUAUAUAGUCCUUUAAGACUAGAAUGUUGAUUGCAUCAUCAUUAAACAAUCCAUCCUAUCA